CAUAGUCCAUUUACCUUCAUCACACGUAACACCAUCCGUCCACCAUAAUGGCCUUCACGCCCGGUUCAGACAACGGUCGGGCCGACAACCGUCCGAGCUCCGCUAAACUGGACCCACCCCUUCGACGAGUCAACAACGAAUCCAACCAGCACUCAGUCUUCCUAAUACUAACAGUAACAACUCAACUUAACUUCCCGCACUCAGAAUUUCCAGAAGUAAACACCAAAACCACCCACAAGAAAAAGAACUAACAGAAACUCCAUCUCCUCCUCCUCUGCUCUCUCUCUCUCUUGUUCCAACAAUAAGAAAGCCCUUUCCUUUCCCCUCACAGUAACAGAGACACUAGCUAGUAGUUUCUUUCUUUUGCUCUGCCUCUUGCCGCCUAUGGCAUAAGUAGCACUCCCCAGAAACACACAAGGAUGAAAAUGGGAUCCUUCUUCUGCAGAUUGGGGCUGCUGCUUCUCUCCAUUGCUUUGCUGGUCGAGUCAAGCUCAUCAGCAACAAACUGCAACAGCAGUACUUCAGACCGAGAUCUUCUCCUUCUCUCAAAGGCAUUCAGCUCGGUUUCCGGCUUCAACCCUUCCUGGUUCCAUUCUCCCAACAAUUCCACAAACUGCUCCCGCCCUCCUCCACUGACAGCAAUCAAGCUCCCUUCCAGAAACUUGAGCGGCAGCGUUUCCUGGAAGUACCUCAGGAAUUUUACCCAUCUCCAAGUCAUCGACCUGUCCAGCAAUUCACUCCAAGGUCAGCUCCCCAGCUGGCUCUGGACCAAACCCAGCUUCACCGAAAUCAACCUGGCCAAUAACAAGCUCGGCGGAAGCAUUGGGUUCGAAUCCCCCUCAAACGGCACGUCGUUUCGUCGUCUUCCUCCUCCUCCUUCGUCGAUCAAAGUGCUGAAUCUCUCCAGCAACAGGUUCACCAACUCGGUCAAGCUCUCCGGUUUCCCCAAUCUCGAAACCCUCGACCUAUCCCGCAAUGCGAUUGGGUACUUGCCCCUCGGAUUGCCCAACUUGACCAAGCUCCAGAUUCUCGACGUUUCCGGCUGCGGAAUCUCCGGCGACAUCAGGCCGAUUUCCGGCCUCCGUUCGUUGAAGUACCUGGAUGUUUCCAAUAACAGCUUGAACGGCACUUUCCCUUCCGAUUUCCCUCCCUUGGCCGGGCUCAAGCUGCUCAACAUCUCGCUCAAUAACUUCACCGGCCGCGUCGGAUUCGACAAGUACAACAAAUUCGGGAAAUCUGCUUUCAUCCACGGCGGAAGUAGUCUCGUUUUCAAUUCCUCCAAAACUCCGAUCACCGCCAAAACCCCCAACUCCAAUUCCAAUUCCAAUCAAAUCCAAACCCUAACCAAACACCACCGUCACCAAAAUCAAAACCAAUCCACGCCUCAUAAGAUUCAGAAACCCGAAGCCCUAACCCACAAGAAGGAAACCAGACUGAAAUCGAAGAAGCAUAGAGAGCUAAUCAUCGCCGCCACCUCAUCGGCACUAGCUCUCCUCCUCCUAUCCUCUGCCGCGACCUGCCUGCUCUGUUUCUACAAGAGGAGGAAACUCGCGGGCCGGCAGAGGAGGUGGGCCAUCUCGAAGCCGGUCCAGUACCCGUACAAGAUGGAGAAAUCGGGCCCGUUCAGCUUCGAGACGGAGUCCGGGACGUCGUGGGUGGCGGACAUCAAGGAGCCGAGGUCAGCAUCGGUGGUGAUGUGCUCGAAGCCGCUGAUGAGCUUGACGUUCAAGGACCUCAUCGCCGCCACGUCACACUUCGGGAAGGACUCGCUCCUCGCGGAAGGGAGGUGUGGGCCCAUGUACCGGGCCGUCCUGCCCGGCGACGUACACGUGGCGAUCAAGGUGCUGGAGAAGGCGAGGGACAUCGGCCGCGAUGAAGCCGUGGGGAUGUUUGAAAAUCUGGCCACCCUCAAGCACCCCAACCUCCUGCCACUCUGCGGCUACUGCAUUGCUGGGACGGAGAAGCUGGUGAUGUACGAGUUCAUGGCGAACGGGGAUCUUCACCGUUGGCUCCACGAGCUACCCACUCUCGAGCCCAACGUAGAGGACUGGAGCACGGACACGUGGCAGCAGGAGCAGCAGCACCCCCACGCUCGAGGGGAGGAGGAGGAAAAAGCCAACUGGCUAAUCCGCCACCGCAUCGCCGUCGGGGUGGCGCGUGGGCUGGCUUACCUCCACCACAGGGGCUCCACCCACGGCCACCUCGUCUCCACAAACGUGAUGCUCUCCGACUCGCUCGAGCCCCGCGUCUCGGAUUUCGGGCUCCGGAAUUUCGGGCCGGAUCAGGGACCCGCGGCCGCCGCUGUCGGGUCGGGGAGGAAUAAGAAGCCGGUCGGGUUCGAGGAUGACGUGUACUGUUUCGGGGCGGUGGUGGUGGAGUUGAUGACGGGGAAGCCCGGGAGCGAGGAGAGCGUGCGGUGGGCGAGGAAAUUGGUGAGGGAAGGGCGUGGUGUCGACGCGCUAGACUCGAGGCUGGGACGCGGUGGCGAGUUCGUGGUCGAGAUGGUGGAGUGCCUCCGAGUUGGGUACCUCUGCACGGCCGAGUCGCCCGAGAAGCGGCCCACUAUGCAGCAGGUAUUGGGCCUGCUCAAGGACCUACAUCGUGAGUUGACUUGAUCACUUGGGUCGUCUGAGGUCCAUUUUUUCCCCCUUCAAUUUCCUUCUAGAAUUUGGGUUUUCCAUUCUCAAGCUCUGAGGAUGAUGGCUUUCACGCGUUAAUGAAUGGAGGUGUGAAGUUGUAACUGUUCAUUUUUUAGGGUUAGGGAUUGUUAGUUGAUCGAGUUUGUGGAAAAAUGGAAAAAGGUAAAUUUGUUCAGAGAUUGUGACAUUUCAUCAUUUUUCAAGUUUAAUUUAUUAUUAUUUGUGAUGAAACCACCUUCAACAUUACUACCGUCACUAAACCAAACUCUUGUUCGCAUAAGAUCACAAUCUUAGUUCCAAUGAACCUAUGUCAAACCC